AUGACCUACUAUCUACAUGCCUACAGCUACCUUGGUGGCUACUGGUAUCCUUCGGGGCUUACUCUCUGUGGUCUCUUGGCUGGGGCUUGUUCACAUUCAGAGACUGCCCAGAAGCAUACAACGAACUACUUUCGGAAAUCAACGACGCCAAAAACGAGCUACGCGCAAAAGGAGUAA